AUGAGUAAAAAUUUAAUUCUCAGAGUUGAAUGCAAUCUGAAAUCAUUUUAUUGUAAACGUCGAUUUCCUGUUUCCGAAUGGACCCUAGGAGAUUUUCGUUUGUAUAUUGAACAAUUACUUGAUAUUAAAUUAGAAAAUCUCAUUGUUAUAUUACAUUCACAAGAAUUAAGUAUAGAUCGAGAUAAUAAUUUGUUAUGUAACAUCAAAAAUUUAUAUGAAAAUGAUACAAUUCUAAUUGAUUCAAAUCGUUAUGCUGACGAUAUUGAUAAUGUUAAUAGAUUACCAGAGAAAUAUCGAAUGUCUGAUGAAGCUUAUGCACAACGUAAAGGUACAUUAAAAGAUUAUCUUCAAAAAAAUAAACUUGGAAAAUAUUGUGAUCAAAAUGCACUCUUACAGUCAAUAUCAAAUAACAAUAAACAACAAAUACGAAAAUUAUGUGACUUAAAUCGUAUAAAAUUGAAGAAAAUAGAAAUUGGAAUGUAUGUAAAAGUAAAUGAACCAAUGUUAAAUAUAAGAUAUGGAGAAGUUGUUUAUAUUGGUAUGUUACGUGGAAUUUAUGAUGAAUUUAUUGGUGUUAUUUUUGAUAGCCCAUGCGGUGAUUCAAAUGGAUCUGAUGGAAUUAUUCGAUAUUUUGAUGCAAAAAGAAAACAUGCUAGUUUUGUUCGACCUGAAUAUAUCGAAAUUAUUGAAGAUUAA